AUGUCGCAGGUUGGUGGAAACAAUGGGAAGAGCGUCAAGCUCAUGACAAGGAAAAUUCGGAUUCCCGCGUUCGACAACUCGGAUUUAAUCAGAAGGUUAAAGAGGACGACUCUUAUCGGUAGGGUUAUGAAUCCUGACGUUCAGAGUGUGGGAUCAUUAGUUUUGAUGAUGCCUAGACUCUGGAAACUAGAGGGUCGAGUGGUUGGGAAGGACGUGGGAUUAGGAACGUUCAGGUUUGAUUUCGAGAGAGAGGAAGAUAUUAUCGAGAAUUUCCGGUGUAUUGGGGAGGAGCUAGGCACGGUUCAAAGCUUUUCGGUUACUGUGGUUCUUGUUUUAGUCUUCGUCAUGAUAAAGAAUCUUGCCCACAAAGCGACUUGCACUACCAUGUUAUGGCGCAUGAAGAAACGAACUAAGGUAGUUCACAUUUGGGAUUCAAAGUCAAGAGAUGCAUAA